UGGUCAGCAUCAGCACGUGCAGAGUAAACUUUUUUGUUUACUUUGAAUGAGCCAUAUCCUGAAAACCACGUUAUUUUAGAGAAUAGUAAUUAAAAGAUACUGUUUGGCUCUAUUUUGAGUAGUGGAACUUCUAAUCAAUAACCCAGAGUUUAAUGAGAACUUGCCUGGGGGUUUUUACAGCGGUAAGAAAACCACCAAAGUUAUGCACAACCCUUGGCUGCAGCUUGAAAGCAAACUACCUUUGUUGUCAGCUGUCUGCAUAAGUAUCUUGAAGUCAAGAGUUCACGUUUAUUUGUUGCAAUGUUGUGGAGGCCAGACAUCUCGGGUAGCUGGUGGUUAGUGAGUGCAGUGGAGAGAACGUCUGCGUUGUUGAGCGAUGCGCAGUUGCAUUUCAGGGGCUAUUUUUAGUUCGGGACAUAAUGGUUUGUUUUGUACGUCAGAAGAACGUUGUAGAUGCACGUAGGAUUUAAAAGUGUGGAAUUAGCAGGAGACAUUAGUAGCUGUCUGUGUGGACAGACUGAGAAGGACGUAACCAUGGAAUUUCCUUUUAUGAUCCAGAUGCUUGGUACACCCUGUCAGGUAUCUAAUACAAAGCAAGAACCAACAGCCACCAUGUCUAGCAAAAGAGCAAAGACGAAGACCACCAAGAAGCGCCCUCAGCGCGCCACUUCCAAUGUGUUUGCCAUGUUCGAUCAGUCGCAGAUCCAGGAAUUCAAGGAGGCCUUCAACAUGAUCGACCAGAACAGGGAUGGCUUCAUUGACAAGGAGGACCUGCACGACAUGCUCGCCUCCCUUGGAAAGAAUCCAACAGAUGAAUACCUGGAUGCCAUGAUGAAUGAGGCUCCGGGCCCCAUCAACUUCACCAUGUUCCUCACCAUGUUUGGUGAGAAGCUAAAUGGCACCGACCCAGAGGAUGUAAUCAGGAAUGCUUUUGCUUGCUUUGAUGAAGAAGCAACAGGGUUCAUCCAAGAAGACUACCUGCGGGAGCUGCUGACCACGAUGGGAGACAGGUUCACGGAUGAGGAGGUGGAUGAGCUGUACAGAGAGGCCCCCAUUGACAAAAAGGGCAAUUUCAACUACAUCGAAUUCACGCGCAUCCUCAAACAUGGAGCGAAAGACAAGGAUGACUGAGCAAGUCCCUGGAUACAUGCAGAUAGCACCUUUAAUUUUUAAAUUUUUUUUCUUCCUACUAAUUUUAUUUCUCAGGAUCUGUUUUUUUCUGGUUUUCUGGGACCAUUUGCAUACAUUUUUAGCACUUCAGCUUCUUCCUCUGUGGAUUCUAAGGCUGCUCAGGCACAGCUGCACCUUUGUAAUAAGACUGGAAAGUGACAGGGAGAGAGAGAACAGCUUACAGUGAUAGAGGCUGAAGGACAAAGAUCAGAGAGUGUGGAGGCUCGAGUAAAAAAUGUCAGUGCUACUCAUCCUAGCUAGAUUAAUUUUACAUUUUUAAUGAUAAUUUUUCAAAUAAAUCACUGUCUACUAAGUGCAAAAUUAAAAUUUUCAUGCUAGAAGUAUAAUGUUUCUCUAAUGAUACCUGUAAAUAUUUUUGCAACUGUAUGCAGUCAUGUUGUUACCUAUUUUUGCCUUAAAAAUGAUGCAUAAGUCACUUAAGCAUACUGAUGUUUGUACUUCAGCAACUGAGUAUUUCACCUGCUACUGUGAGCAUACACAUGAAGAAGAAAUUCCCAUCCUUCAAAUUUUAGUGUAUUGUAAAUUAAUCAUUUUUGUCAGAGACUUGCACAUUAAACAUUUUAAAUCUUAUGGAUGUAGUUGAGCAUGUAUUUUACCACCUCAGUCCCUCCAUUUCUCAACAUUGAGUACUAUAAUAAUACCACUUUUAAAAAACUUAUAAUGUAAAUCCUAGUGUCUUUUUUAAAAUAAGAUAUCAUAUAUGGGUCGAGUUGCUUGAGUGAUACUUCUUACCAGAUCUGUGGGCUGCGAAAACUGAAUUAAUGACAUUUCAUUGCAACCAUUUAUUUCUUUCUUUUAUCUUUCUGGUUUUUUUCAAAGCACAGUAGGAAGAAGGCUGGAUUAAGAAGGAAGGUGUGCCAUCUCUGUCCUUUAAGUUUUCUGUCUGACAAUAUUAUUCUUAGUUUUUAAAUGAAACAAGAUACACUAUAUUAUUAAGACCUCCUGCUGUGAGUGGUGUUUUGGACACGUGAGACUUGAGGCAUUCCUUUUUGUUCCAUUUCUCAUAGUUGUAUCCUCUAUAGUUUUUGUGGUAUGGAAGGCAUGGCAGAUUUGCUACAGUGUUCUGAAGCAAUUUUUGCCAUAAUUGGAAUGCUUGUGGUCCUGCGGUUUUUGUGUCUUGAGAGAAAGGAUGAUCUGAGCUGCUUCUGACACUCCAGGAAUUACAUUAUUAAUCCCUUUCAGAAUUUACAUUACAAAAUUAAGAAAAGUCAUUUGGCUGAGAGCAUUUUGCUGUUUCUUGGUAGGCUGCUGUUGCAAACUGAACUUUUAAGAAAUGCCAGCAGAAGACAGUGAUGAAAGCUCUGAAGCUCCUGCUCUACCUCAGUCCCAGGGAGCUCUGGCGAGGCGUGGGAGCUGCGCACGCAGGGAUGACCUGAUCCCUCUGACUGUGGGCCUGUAGGAAGCGCGUGGAAAAGCAGAGAGGGGAAAGAGGUGCCGAACAGAAUCAGCAGAAAUCCAAACGCUUCGCGAAUGUUUUCCCAGAGAAAUACUUCCGUUCGGAGGGCGCAGAGAUUAAGAACUCGAAGAAGAACUUUUAGUAAACUAUCGGUGAAAUUAGUACGGAUUUCGAUGCUUCUGAAGGAGGCGAAGUCCUGCGGGCACCGGCCGGGGCCAUCCCGGGAGCCACCAGGAAGUGGCAGCACAGCUCUCGGCACGGCCGCCGCUGGGACGGGCGAGCGGCUUCCAGCCCCAAUGUUUUGCUGGAUUUGUUUGGCGUUUUGAGUUUGUUUGUUGUUUUGGGGGGGAUUUUUAGUCCCAAAAAGCUCGUUUGGUGCAUCGUGCAUAGGGGGAAGAUACGCUCCGUUCCCACAGAAUGCCUGUUCCUGCCACAGCAAAGGUUAAUGGUGCCGGGAUUUUCCAUAUUGCAGCUCUUGCAUGAGUUGAAUUUUUGGCCCUUUAAUCAAAUUUGUUCAUUACAGAAGAGAGUAAAACGAGGCCUCUGCAGGCCCUUGGUACUUACACAUGUGGUGUAUGUUUGGCAAAGAUUAGGUUUCAAAAGGACUUAUGGCCUUCCUUGUAACUCAAACCAGAGACACUGCUCCUGCACUUCACUUCUCAGUAUCUCAGUGAGGGCUCUUCCUCUUCUGUUCAGAUUAGCUUUGAAAAAAAAGACCCCAAAUUCAAAUGUAUAUGUUUGCAUAACAUUGUUUACAUACGAAAGACUAAAAUCUGUGAUAUAAACUAAACUGCUGGGGCUCAGAGUGAGGCAGCUGGUAUUUACCUACAGCAAUAAAUGCCAAUUGUUAAACCCCAGUGCUUGCUUACUGGCGAGGGCUGUGUUGCUGUAUAGCAACACCUAUAUGCUAUUUGGCCUUGUGAUGACGAAUUGCAGUUCAUUAAUACUAUUGUUCUAAGCCUUGCCUUCGGCAGAAUCCUGGUUUUACUCUCUUGACUUUAAUGGCAUUUAAUGUUCUCAUAAAAACAUGUCAGAGAGAAUGAUAAAAAUGGAUUUUUGGUGUGUAACUCAGAGGCCUGGGAUUUGUCUUGAAAAGAAAUUUUAAACCCCUGCUCGGAUGCAGAGGGUGCCUUAAA